UAACGUCUUGAGGGGUUGGGUUGUCGCCACAAACUUCCGCGCCUAAACAAACACACAGCUCGACAACAUGGCGAAGCACGUCUCCAAAAGGAAAUUCCCCUCAGCGGGAUGCGUUCAAUAUUGUUGUAGAAGAGAGAGUGGUCAUUCGGACGACUUUUUGUCUGAGGUCAGUGAUGUCUCAGACUUCUACUCUGAAGAGGAGACAUCCUCUGAGGAGGGACUAAAUGGCACUGACAAAAAGUCCCCGAAGAGUGAACCAGACCCCCGCCCCGUCGCCCCACCUGGAAGAGGCACAAACAAGAGAAAAGCAAGAGGAGGUGGACGUGGUAGAAGAGGGAGGAGGGGGAGAACUAGUACUAGUCAAACAAGUGUUCGUGGCAUGACUGAGGAGUCUGUGGAUGGAAUUGGAGUUGAGGACGUUAAACCCUCACAACCCAUCUUGAGGCCCCAUCAUCCACCUGGAACCAGUACCAGUAGUAGUCAGACCGGAAUCUCCGGAAAGAAGGACGAGUCCUGGAAAGGAACAGGAGUUCAGGACGUUGGCCUCCCUCAACCCAUCGUGAGACCAGACCCUCCACCCGGAACCCAGACCAGUAUCUGUGGGGUGUCUGCGGAGUUUGGGCGUGGACUCGAUCACGGAGGGGAGACUGAGACAGUCAGUAUUCAAGCCGAUAUUUCUGGAAUGACUAAUGAGACCCAGAGUGGUGCUGGAGUUCAGUCCAUUAAACUCGCAAAACCCAUCUUCAGCCUCUACCAUCUACCCGGAACAAAGCUCCUUUCCACAACAAACUACACUCCAAUACAGAUUUUUCAGCUUUUUUUCACAAAUACCAUACUACAGAAAAUAAUUCAGAACACAAAUGAGUUUGGCGCCACACACAGGCCAAAGUCUGUGAACCCGUGGACCGAUGUCUCUCUGAAGGAGAUGUUCAGUUUCAUGGCUUUGGUUAUAUAUAUGGGACUUGUUAAAUGCUGCUCAAUAACAGAUUACUGGAGAGGGGGAAAGCUGUACGAACUCCCCUUUCCCAAGUCAGUGAUGGCCUGCAAACGCUUCCUCCAGAUACGCCACGCCCUGCACCUAAGCAGCAGCACGGAGGAGGCUGCCAAUGAAAGGAAGAGGGGGACACAAGAUUAUGAUAGUUUAUGCAAAAUUAAACCCCUGUAUGAGGAGCUGAGGGUUGCUUGCAAAUAUAACUACCACCCCUCUCUGAACAUUUCCAUUGACGAGCGUGUGGUUGUGACAAAGUCCGCCAUGGAUCAGAAGCGGGACAUGACGAUGGAACCUACUUACUGGGGCUACAAGCUUUUUGUUCUUGAGGAUAAUCCCAGUGGCUAUAAGUGGGAUUUUUUUGUUUGUGAGGGGAGGUCGCAAAAGCUUAGGAAUGGCCCAAGCGAGGUCUCUUUUCUACAAGAUUACUACAAGGUCCUACACAAAAAACAGAAGUGGUACAAGAUCUUCUUCUUCCACUUCAUGGACAUCGCCUUCGUGAAUGCCUUCGUCCUGUAUAAAGAACACACCAUGAGGAGAGGUGAUGUUCCCUUCAUCCAAAAGGAAUUCAGGGAGGCCUUGGCCUUGGAGCUGGCAGGUGCGGGGUCCAGCAUCACAGAUGAAUCUGAAUCCGUUGUCCCUGGUAAGCACCUACCUGUGUACAUCUCAGGAAACAGCAGCGCCCGGCGCCUGAGAUGCAGACACUGCCAGGCCAAAACUCCCAUCAAGUGUACCACGUGUAAGACGGCGCUGUGCUUCGUGCCGGGUCGAGACUGCUACAACGCUUGGCAUAUUUCGAAAGGCAUGUGACUGCCUAUUGGAAAUGGUGUGCCAUGUUGUUUUUUCCUGCAUUCGCCUCGUGUGUAAAUAAAUGUUUUCACUUCGAACGAUGAA